AUGGGCCAGCUGUGGGGCGGGCUGCUGCUCGUGGUGCGGGCCUGGCCGGGUCGGGGGCAGGCACGGGCCUGCAGCUCCACGGCACCCAUGGACAGCCCGGAGGACCCUGCACGCCCACGCUCCUACUGGUGCUACAUGAGGCGUCUGGUGCGGGGAGUGCUGCAGCUGCCAUACCUGCAUGUGUGCCAGGUCAGGGACCCUGUGCUGGGGGCCAUGGCCAUCCCGGUGGAGCCCGUGCAGCUGGUGGGGCCCGCGCUGCGGGCUGUGCAGAGGCUGGUGCGGGUGAUGCAGAGCUGGCGCUGCCUGGGCCUGAGCGCGCCGCAGCUCGUUGUGCCACUGCAGGUGCAGGCCAUUCCCGGAAGUGCUCUUCCAUGCAUGCGCAAGCUCUGCCAGAUGGAACCCUUCUCACUGCACAUGUUCAUGAACCCCAGCCUGAGGGUGUUAGACAGCCACCUCGUCACCUUCCCCGAGGGCUGAGAGAGCAUCUCCGGCUUCCUGGCCUCUGUGCUGUGUUUCCAGGCCGAGCAGGUCUCAGGGCUGGACCCAAAAGGAGAGCCAGUGGUGUGGCCAGCAAGUGGAUGGACAGCCCAAAUCAUCCAACACGAGAUGGACCACUUGCAGGGCUGUUUGUUCAUUGACAAAAUAGACCCCAAAACACUUACCAACAUUCAUUGGAUGGAGGUGAAUGACUGA